UAAUUUUAUUUUUCCUAUCAAAUUAUUACUAAAAACACCUGAAUGUAAAUCAACUGUGUAAAAUAUAUAGUUUCUUUUAAAUAGGUGGAGGAUUAUUUUCACUUUUUAUCAGGUAAAUGUUGUAAAGUGUAAGAAAUUAUCUCCGUCUUCUCUCAAAAAUUAUCUCUUCUCAGGCGAAAAUGGAUUUCAGUAAAAUUAUCGUCUUGUGGAUUGUGGUUUGCACCAUUACGUACAGUCAUUCUUUUGACAUGCUCAGUACCAUGAGCGACAUUUACAAAAGAACUUGCCAUACUUAUUUUUACCUCUUUUCACAGACGAAAUGCAUAAAAGGCGUCGAGUGCUUCAACAACGGUCCGCCUUGGUAUGAACCACUGCUAAGGCCCUACAGUGCUUUACCUGAAGACUUGGAGGACGUCCAAUAUUAUCUAUUCGGUCCACAAUAUUCGAUGAAUCCUUAUACACUGAAGGAUUCCAGGAACUCUAUUCUAGCCUCUCCGUUCAAUUCAACCUUACCUACCAAAAUUUUAGUCCACGGCUACAAAGCAGACCAGAAACAGCUUCAAGGCGAAUUG